CAUAAAAAGUGUUUUUAACCCAUAUAAAAAGUGUUUUCUACACUAUUGUAUGUUAGCGAUUGAAACUCAUCACUACCUUAAAGGGAUUGGAAUUUUUAUAAAACAUGAGUCCUAAUUUUGCAUUAUUUUACUCCUAUUUAGGGAAUUCUCUUUAGUUUUUUUGGGAGGAAAUUCUCUUUAGUUUUAAUUAUAACCAAAUGCUUUUAGUAAGAAAACUCUAAAAAUUGAGUUUUUCCCUAGAAUAAUGCUAAUUAAGUAAAUAAUUCCUAAAAUACUAAUGGGUUAAAAAUAAUUCUCAAAAUUUUGUUGGGUUAAUCGUGGUUAAGAAAAGCCGCCACUCGGAGUGGCGACUCUUCUCUUAUAGCACAUAAUCCACCACUUGGAGUGACGACUCUUCUCUUACAGUACAAGUUCCUUAGCCCUUCUGGAGAGUUUUGAUGUAGCAACGUUAUAUAGUUGGGGAAGUGCGACUUUACAAUACCUAUAUCAGUAAUUGUGUCGAAGUUGCCAUAUAUUAUAGCGUUGGUGAGAUGGGUGGUUUUUUAUUGCUCAUACAGCUAUGGUCGUGGGAGCACAUUCAUAUUGGUAGAACAGUCAUACUGCGAUUUCAUGGGAUAGAUGGUGGUCCUAUUCAUGAUGCUUUGGAUUUGCACAAUCGAUCUGUACUUGGACCACAUCAUGUCCGUGGCGAGGGCCCUUUGGGUCAUAGGACAGUUGCCUCCUGUUGGCCAAGAGCACACUGAGACAUGGCGAGCACGUGUGUCCUUGAUUUGUUUUGAUGUAGUGGAGCAUCACUUUUCUGAUCGCGUACUACGACAGUUCGGGUUGCAGGAGAUUAUUCCCUUACCUUGUGAUACUUCUUUGGACUUACAGAAGAUCGACAGACGAGGGAAGCACACCGAAGAUUGGGGAAUGCACCAUAUUCACUAUAUCACCACGUAAGAUGAGAGAGAGGUGUAUAAAUUGAACGUAGAUGCUGCUUUCGUACUUGGUUUGGCUCAAGGAGGAGCCAUGUUGAGGCAUCUACGAGUCGGUUUGGAGAGUUGGUUUUGGCGAUCGCCUUCCAGGUUAACGCAUCUACGAGUAAGGAAGCGGAGCUCAAAGUCUUGGUUCAAGCAGCUGAGAUGGUUAUGGCGGAUGGUUAUGUUGAUAUUCAGGUAGAGACCGAUGUGGUCCUUUCGUUAUCCAUGCUUAACCAUUCAGGAAACUGCGCCGGAUUACAAGAUUUUAGAAGGAAAGCGUUGGAUAGGGGUUUAUCCUUCGGACAUGUACUGAGGGAAGGAAACGGGCCGGCCCAUCACUUAGCAGCCUAUCCUAUUCAUCUGGCCCAGUGUAUUUAAUUUCAUAAGGUUACUCAUCUACCUGCUUUGGUUAAAGUUAAUUAUUAUGCUGAUUAUUUUGAUAUUCCUAGUUUACGUUCCUAAUUAUUGUAUUUUAAAUUUUGGGUCAGGUCUAGCCCCCCCAAAAUUUCGUUUAUUUUUUCUGUUAAUUUUUUCUUUCAUGUACUUUUCCGGAGGAAUGCCUCUGAUGAGAGGUUUUGGUUUGGUCCCCCUCUCUUUUUGUAUUUCCUCUCUUAUUUAAAUAAAAUAACGGCAAAUGUUCCCCGGGCAUUUGCCCCACCGAUUUUGGUGGUUUGCCUUCCGGGUUAAAAAAAUAAAAAAAAAAUGGACGAGAC